GCAGCGGACUACGGCGAGAAGACCAUCAUAUUAUUCGCUGCUCCUAUCGUCCAGACGCCUGUUCCACCCGCUUCAUAUCUCCCAUAUCGCCUGCCUCUCGAUAUCUCGUCCUCUCGCUCUCUCCGUCGACUCCCGCUCCCUCGUACAUGAGGUGUCAAUGACAAUCACCGUCGGCGUGCUGGCCCUGCAAGGCGCCUUUUUAGAACAUCUGGUCCUGCUGCAAAGAGCGGCGGAUUACUUGCGCCGCGAGGACACUGCGGCUUCUUUCGAGUUUACAGAAGUCAGAAACGCCAAAGACUUGGCUCGUUGUGAUGCCUUGAUCAUCCCGGGCGGCGAAAGUACGACCAUUUCCCUCGUCGCCGCUCAGUCCGGUCUGCUGGAACCGUUGAGGGAAUUCGUCAAAGUCAACCGUAAACCAACUUGGGGAACCUGCGCCGGCUUGAUUCUGCUCGCUGAGGCGGCUAAUGCUACUAAGAAAGGCGGCCAGGACUUGAUUGGGGGCCUGGAUGUACGGGUGAACCGAAAUCAUUUUGGACGACAGGUAGAAAGCUUCCAAGCCGAUCUUGACUUGCCCUUCUUGCAAAACAAUGGCGCAGUCGACAAGACGCCCUUUCCCGGCGUCUUCAUUCGCGCUCCCGUUGUCGAAAAGAUCCUUCCCAAUGUGGAAGGAAUCCAGAAGGGCGAACAACAACUGGCCGAGACGGUCGUUGCCCCAUACAAAUCGGCCAAAGAUGACCACGCCCGCCAGGCCAUGAGCUCUCAUGUUGAUAUCAUGGGAAAGUUGCCUGGUCGCUUGAAGAAGGCAGCUGGCAUGGGGCCUGAAGUACACGCUGGUGAGGAAGUGGGAGAUAUCAUUGCCGUCAAGCAAGGCAAUGUCUUCGGUACCAGCUUCCACCCUGAAUUGACCUCAGAUAUCCGGAUCCAUGUUUGGUGGCUAAGGCAAGUCUUGGAUGCGGUCGGUACGGCAAACGGAGUUUCAUGAGCCCAGCACUUUGGAUAGAGGUCCCGCACAUAUUGGAGAGGUUCAUCAUCUGCCCCCACCAUAUUCUUCUUCCUCCUUCUUUCUUUCUGCGUCAAUCGCCCGACCAUAGCCUCC